UGUAAAUCCCAAAUUAGAAGAUGGCCUUUACUUCAGGAAUCUUGGUUUUUGCAACACCAGUAAACAACCCCAUUCAAGAUUCAUCAAAGGUAAGCAAACAUAUCAAUUCUUCUCAAAUUUCUUGCUCAAAUUCAUCAUCUUCAGUUAUUGUUGAACAAGAAGAAACUGUAAAAAAAUUUACUUACAGUAGAGCAUCACCAUCUGUUAGAUACCCAAAUAGUAAUAAUAAUAACAGUAAUUUAAAGCAAACCCAGUUGCCAAUUUUACCUAAAGUUGGUGUCUUUGAGUUUAUAAAUAAUGAAAUUAAAGAAAAGGCGGAGGCUUUGGAAAUAGAUGACAAAACCCUAGAAUCUUUAGGCGGGGCGAGGACUCGGGUGGCAAAAAGAAUGACUAAGUUGGCAAAUGAUAGUAGUUUAAAGAAAACCCAGGUGCCAAUUACACCCACAAGCCCUAAAGUUGAUGUUUUUGAGUUUAGAGAUAAGGAAGUUGAAGAAAAGGUGGAAGCAUUGGAAGUAAAUGACAAGACCCUAGAAUCUUUAGGCGGUCUGAGGAGUCGGCGAGUGGCAAAAAAGAUGACUAAGCUGGCUUUAAAAAGGGCUAAAGAUUGGAGGGAAAGGGUACAGUUCUUAACUGAUAGGAUAUUAGGGUUGAGGCCUAAUGAGUUUGUGGCAGAUGUUUUAGAUGAUAGAAAGGUUCAAAUGACACCUACUGAUUUUUGUUUUUUGGUAAAAGGGGUCGGCAAGUCAAAUUGGCAAAGGGCGUUGGAGGUUUACGAAUGGUUAAAUCUUCGUAACUGGUAUUCUCCAAAUGCUCGAAUGCUUGCGACUAUACUAUCUGUUCUCGGUAAGGCGAAUCAAGAAUCUUUGGCUGUAGAGAUCUUUGAAAGAUCGGAGGAAGGCAUUGAUAGUACUGUCCAAGUGUAUAAUGCUAUGAUGGGUGUUUAUGCUAGAAAUGGCCGGUUUGGGAAAGUUCAAGACAUUCUUGAUCUAAUGCAUGAAAGGGGGUGUGAACCUGACCUUGUUAGUUUCAAUACUCUGAUAAAUGCUCGCUUUAGGUCAACUAAGAUGGAACCAAACAUGGCAUUUGAUCUGCUAAAUGAAGUUAAACGGUCUGGACUGCAGCCUGACAUUAUUACAUACAACACACUUUUGAGUGCGUGUUCACGUGAUUCCAACUUGGAGGAAGCGGUCAAGGUCUACAAAGACAUGGAAGAAAAUCGAUGUCAACCUGAUUUAUGGACUUAUAACUCCAUGUUAUCUGUUUAUGGUAGAUGUGGGCUAGUUAAUGAGGCUGAAUUAUUAUUUUUUGAUAUAAAGUCAAAAGGGUUUGACCCUGAUGCUGUAACAUAUAAUUCUUUGCUAUAUGCGUUUGCUAAAGAAGGGAAUGUGGAUAAGGUUAAUAAACUUUGUGAUGAGAUGGUUAAGUUAGGGUUCGGAGAGGAUGAGAUGACCUACAAUACUGUAAUUCAUAUGUACGGGAAGUUAGGUCAACAUGAUUUGGCAUUUAAACUAUAUAAAGAAAUGAAAUCCCGUGGUUGUGAUCCUGAUGUUGUUACAUACACAGUUCUUGUUGAUUCUUUAGGAAAAGCUAAUAAGAUUCAAGAAGCUGCAAAUGUUAUGUCAGAAAUGAUGGAUGUUGGUAUUAAACCAACCUUGAGAACUUACAGUGCUUUGAUAUGUGGAUACGGGAAAGCUGGGAUGAGACUCGAGGCUGAAGAGACUUUCAAUUGCAUGAUAAAUUCUGGUAUUAGACCUGAUUAUCUUGCUUAUUCGGUUAUGUUAGAUAUUUAUUUGCGGUUUGAUGGUAGUAAGGCAAUGAUUUUGUAUAAUAAUAUGGUUCGUGACGGGUUCACGCCUGAUUUAUCUCUUUAUGAGAUGUUAAUCCAAACUCUGUACCGUGAAAACAAAGAAAAUCAUAUUGAAAAAUUAGUUGACGAUAUGCAGGCAUUAUGCAAAUUGAACCCGCAAGUCAUCUCAUCUAUUUUAGUUAAGGGUGAGUGCUAUGAUUAUGCAGCGAAGAUGGUUAAGCUAGCUGUUUCAGAGGGUUAUGAUUUGGAUCACGAGAAUUUGUUAUCUAUAUUGAGUUCAUAUAGCUCAUCGGGAAGGCAUUUAGAGGCGCUGAAAUUACUUGACUUUUUAAAAGACCAUGCAGUUGGGUCAGAUCAUAUUGUACCAGAAGCUCUAAUUGUCCAUCAUUGUAAGUCAAAUCAGUUAGAUGCUGCUCUGGAUGUAUACAGAAAGAUUGGGAACUCUUAUUUGUUUAAUGGGAGCUCUUUGAUGUACGAAUGUCUUAUUAGAAAAUGUGAGGAGGAUGAACUUUUUCAUGAAGCUUUUCAGGUGCUGUCUGAUAUGAUGUUUAUUGGAAUACAACCUUCAAAAGUUAUUUACACAAAUGUUGCAUUUAUGUACUGUAAAAUAGGGUUUCCUGAGACUGCUCAUUAUUUAGUCAGCCGGGCCGAAUCAAAUGGAAUAUCAGUUGACGAGAUUUCCAUUUAUGUUGACCUUAUCGAGUCUUAUGGGAAGUCAGGCCAACUUGAGAAGGCAGAAAGUGUAGUCGGGAGUCUUCGAUCAAGAUUUCCUGCUGUUGACCGAAAAGCUUGGAAUGCACUGAUACAAGUUUAUGCUUCGAAAGGUCAAUACGAGAAAGCAAGGGCUGCUUUCAAUACCAUGAUGAGGGACGGGCCUUCUCCUACUGUAGAAUCCGUUAAUGGGCUUAUGCAAGCUUUAGUUGUUGAUGGGAGAUUAAACGAGUUAUACGUUGUCGUUCAAGAACUUCAAGAUAUGGGAUUCAAAAUCAGUAAAAACUCCAUUGUUUUGAUGCUUGAUGCAUUUGCAGAAUCUGGGAAUGUGUUUGAAGUGAAGAAGAUAUAUCAUGGAAUGAAGGCUGCUGGUUAUUUUCCCACCAUGCAUCUUUAUAGAGUAAUGAUCGGUUUACUUUGUAGGGUAAAGCAUGUUUGGGAUGUUGAAGCAAUGGUUGAUGAAAUGGUGGAAGUCGGAUUCAAACCUGAUCUUUUCAUAUAUAAUUCUUUACUCAAAUUAUAUACGAACAUUGAAGAUUUUAGGAAAACAGUUCAAAUUUACCACAAGAUUAAAGAAAAUGGCUUUAAGCCCGAUGAGGAUACAUACAAUACUUUGAUAGUAAUGUAUUGUAGAGACCAUAAACCAGAAGACGGGAUGUCACUAAUGCAAGAAAUGGUUAAAGAAGGAUUAGAUCCUAAGUUGAGCACCUACAAAAGUUUAAUUGCCGCCUUUGGUAAGCAACAAAUGUUGGAAAAAUCCGAGGAGCUUUUUGAGAAGAUGAGGCGUGAAGGAUAUAAUCUGGACCGUUCGUUUUAUCAUCUGAUGAUGAAGACAUAUAGAAGUAUGGGGCGCCAUUCAAAAUCUGAAGAGUUGCUUAAACUGAUGAAAGAAGAUGGAAUUGAACCCACGGUUGCUACAAUGCAUCUGCUAAUGAUAUCUUAUGGGAGCUCAGGGAAUCCAUUGGAAGCCGAAAAAGUUCUUAAUAAUUUGAAGUUGAGUGGUGAGACUUUAAGUACAUUAACUUAUAGCUCAGUUAUAGAUUCGUAUUUCAAGAAUCAGGAUUACACUGCUGGAAUUGAAAAACUUGUAAAGAUGAGAACCGAAGGGUUGGAACCAGACCACAGGAUAUGGACCUGUUUCGUAAGGGCUGCUAGUUUCUGCAAGACCACAAGUGAAGCAAUGAUGAUCUUGAACGCUAUUAAAGAUGCUGGUUUUGAUCUUCCAAUCAAGCUUUUGGAAAACUCAGAAUCAAUGGUUUUGGAGAUAGACCAGGUUUUGGAAGAAUUGAAACCUGUGGAAGAUAAUGCAGCACUUAACUUUGUAAAUGCUGUAGAAGAUCUUUUAUGGGCAUUUGAACGUCGAGCUACUGCUUCAUGGGUGUUUCAACUGGCAGUCAAGAAAAACAUUUAUCGUCAUGAUGUCUUCAGGGUAGCCGAGAAGGACUGGGGAGCGGAUUUCAGAAAAUUGUCUGCUGGUGCAUCUCUUGUAGGUCUUACAUUAUGGCUUGACCACAUGCAGGAUGCAUCCUUAGAGGGUUUCCCAUUAUCUCCAAAAUCGGUUGUUUUAAUAACAGGGGUUUCAGAAUACAAUGGUGUCUCUUUAAAUAGUACACUAAAAGCUUAUUUAUGGGAAAUGGGAUCCCCUUUUUUGCCUUGCAAAACAAGAAGUGGGUUGCUCGUGGCAAAAGCUCAUUCCUUAAGAAUGUGGUUAAAAGAUUCGCCUUUUUGUUUGGAUCUUGAGUUAAAGAAUAGUGUUACCCUCCCGGAAACAAACUCAAUGGAGCUUAUGGAUGGAUGUUACAUUAGACGAGGGCUCGUUCCUGCUUUUCAAGAUAUAACCGAGAGGCUGGGGAUUAUCCGGCCAAAAAAGUUUGCUAGGUUGGCUUUAAUGUCAGAUGAGAAAAGGGAUAAAGCCAUUCAGGCUGAUAUAGACGGGAGAAAAGAAAAAUUAGAGAAAAUGAGAAGAUUAGGAAUCACGGUGAAGAAAACUUUUCGAAAUAGGAAAUAUGUAAGGCGGGAUGUGGUCAAACAGUGAUAUGACCAAGUUAGAAUUAUGACUUUUAAGAACACAACUUGAUAUGGACGGUGCUCUUGCAGAAUGUGAUGUUUUUCGACUGCAAUUAAGGCAAGCUACAUUUUGACUUUUCAGACAGUGCUUGAUUUCAACGUCGAUAAAGGGUAGAUUUUGCAGUUUCAAGGGAAAAACUGCUAUCCUUUAUUUAUGAUGUUGCAUUAUGUCUAGUGAUUUUGGUAAUCCAUUUUGAGCCAUUACUAGUCAUUUUAAGGUGAUGCAUAAUUUGGUUAUCAGCCUGAAAUGGGACAUGGUCUAGAUUCUAGAUGAGAUCAGAGUGGAGAUUUUGCUGGCGUUGCGGCACAUUUUUCAACUAUGGGAAUGCUAUCAGCUUCAGUUAAUGGAAAGAACCCGUAGUGCUUUAUAUUCAGCAAAGUGUAUAAUAUAGAAGCUUGUUCUGGUGCCUUGUGAUGCUAAAGUGUAUAGUUUUGAUAUCACCUGUAAGUAAUGUGCCUAUUCUUUGUAGUGUAUCGACAGUAGUGUGAAUUUCACCUACAGUAUGUCUAAUAUGAAAUCCUUCAGGUAUGUGUCAAUGAAAAUUACACUUGAA